GGAGUCCGGCGCAAAGUGAAACUCCUGGAAGCUGCGCGCCCUCGGGCGGGACCUGGUCCCGGCUCCCUUUGGUGCCCGGUGUCCAUGGCGCUGAGCAAAGGGCUGCGGCUGCUGACCCGGCUGGACCCCACGGGUCCCGGCAGUGUGCUGCUGGAGGCGCGCGGCCGUGACGAUUGCCUGCUCUUCGAGGCCGGCACAGUGGCCACGCUGGCUCCGGAAGAGAAGGAAGUCAUUAAAGGACAGUAUGGCAAGCUGGCGGAUGCCUAUGGCUGCCUCGGGGAGCUGAGGUUAAAAUCCGGUGGGGUUCCCGUGAGCUUCCUGGUGUUGGUGACAGGCUGCACGUCAGUGGGUAGAAUUCCAGAUGCAGAGAUCUACAAAAUCACCGCCACCGAGUUUUGCCCCCUUCAGGAAGAGGCCAAAGAAGAGGACCGCCUGCUCGCCUUGAAGAAAAUCCUCAGCUCAGGGGUGUUUUACUUUGCGUGGCCCAAUGACGGCUCCAGUUUUGAUCUGACUAUCAGGGCACAGAAACAGGGCGAUGACUGCUCUGAAUGGGGGACCUCGUUCUUCUGGAACCAGCUCUUGCAUGUGCCCCUGAGGCAGCACCAGGUGAGCUGUUGUGACUGGUUGCUGAAAGUCAUCUGUGGGUUGGUGACCAUCCGCACAGUGUAUGCCUCCCACAAGCAGGCCAAGGCCUGCCUCAUCUCUCGCAUCAGUUGUGAACGAGCAGGCACUCGCUUCCUCACCCGCGGUGUGAACGACGAUGGCCACGUGUCCAACUUCGUGGAGACAGAGCAGACGAUUUACAUGGAUGAUGGAGUAUCGUCCUUUGUCCAGAUCCGAGGCUCUGUUCCGCUGUUCUGGGAGCAGCCGGGGCUUCAGGUUGGCUCCCAUCAUCUGAGACUACACAGAGGCCUAGAGGCCAAUGCCCCUGCUUUCGAAAGGCACAUGGUGCUUCUGAAGGAACAGUAUGGCAAUCAGGUGGUCGUGAACCUGCUGGGAAGCAGAGGUGGUGAGGAGGUGCUCAACAGGGCCUUCAAGAAGUUGCUCUGGGCUUCUUGCCACGCAGGCGAUACGCCUAUGAUAAAUUUUGACUUCCAUCAAUUUGCCAAAGGCGGGAAGCUAGAGAAAUUGGAGAACCUGUUGAGGCCUCAGUUAAAGUUACACUGGGAUGACUUUGGCGUGUUUGCGAAGGGCGAGAAUGUAAGUCCACGUUUCCAGAAAGGCACUCUGCGGAUGAAUUGUCUCGACUGCCUAGACAGAACCAAUACUGUACAGUGCUUCAUUGCCCUGGAGGUCCUUCAUCUGCAGCUUGAGAGCCUGGGGCUGAAUUCAAAGCCCAUCAUUGACCGCUUUGUGGAGUCCUUCAAAGCCAUGUGGUCUCUGAAUGGGCAUGGCCUAAGCAAGGUGUUCACAGGGAGCAGGGCCCUGGAAGGAAAGGCCAAGGUGGGGAAACUGAAGGAUGGGGCCCGAUCCAUGUCUCGUACCAUCCAGUCCAGCUUCUUUGAUGGGGUGAAGCAAGAGGCCAUUAAGCUCCUGCUGGUUGGGGAUGUCUACAAUGAAGAGUCCACAGACAAAGGAAGGAUGCUUCUGGACAACACAGCCCUUCUGGUGACACCCAGGAUCCUGAAGGCCAUGACAGAACGCCAGUCAGAAUUCACGAAUUUCAAGCGGGUCCAAAUUGCUGUGGGGACCUGGAAUGUGAACGGAGGGAAGCAAUUCCGUACCAAUCUCCUGGGCACAGCAGAACUCACGGACUGGCUUCUGGAUGCCCCCCGGCUCUCAGGAGCAGUGGACUCUCAGGGUGAUGGCAGCCCAGCUGACAUAUUUGCUGUGGGGUUUGAAGAGAUGGUGGAGCUGAGUGCGGGAAAUAUUGUCAAUGCCAGCACCACCAACAGGAAGAUGUGGAGCGAGCAGCUGCAGAAAGCCAUCUCCCGCUCCCAUAGGUACAUCCUCCUGACCUCGGCGCAGCUGGUGGGCGUCUGUCUUUAUAUCUUUGUACGCCCCUACCAUGUCCCAUUCAUCAGGGAUGUGGCCAUUGACACCGUGAAGACUGGCAUGGGGGGAAAGGCGGGGAAUAAGGGCGCCGUGGGCAUCCGCUUCCAGUUCCACAGCACCAGCUUCUGCUUCAUCUGCAGCCACCUGACGGCCGGGCAGUCGCAGGUGAAGGAGAGGAAUGAAGACUACAGGGAGAUCACUCACAAGCUCUCGUUCCCCGCGGGGCGAAACGUCUUUUCCCAUGAUUAUGUGUUUUGGUGUGGCGAUUUCAACUACCGCAUCGACCUUACCUACGAAGAAGUCUUCUAUUUUGUCAAACGCCAGGACUGGAAGAAACUUAUGGAAUUUGAUCAGUUACAGCUACAGAAGUCAAGUGGGAAAAUUUUUAAAGACUUUCAUGAAGGAACCAUUAACUUUGGACCCACCUACAAGUAUGAUGUUGGAUCAGCUGCCUACGAUACAAGUGACAAGUGCCGUACCCCAGCCUGGACAGAUAGGGUGCUGUGGUGGAGGAAGAAACAUCCGUACGAUAAGACAGCUGGAGAACUCAACCUUCUAGACAGUGAUCUAGAUGGCGACACCAGAAUCAGACACACCUGGUCUCCAGGAACUCUCAAGUACUACGGCCGUGCGGAGCUGCAAGCAUCUGAUCACAGGCCCGUGCUGGCCAUCGUGGAGGUGGAGGUGCAGGAGGUGGACGUGGGAGCCCGGGAGAGGGUUUUCCAGGAAGUGUCCUCUGUCCAAGGCCCACUGGAUGCCACCGUUGUUGUGAACCUCCAGUCGCCAACCCUAGAAGAGAAAAACGAAUUUCCCGAGGACCUGCGCACAGAGCUUAUGCAGACUUUGGGGAAUUAUGGGACAAUUAUUCUGGUCAGGAUCAACCAAGGGCAGAUGCUGGUGACUUUCGCAGACAGCCACUCGGCUCUCAGCGUGCUAGACGUGGACGGCAUGAAGGUGAAAGGCAGAGCCGUGAAGAUUCGACCGAAAACCAAAGAUUGGCUGAAAGGCCUGAGAGAGGAGCUCAUUCGGAAGCGCGACAGCAUGGCCCCCGUGUCUCCCACCGCCAACUCCUGCUUGCUGGAGGAGAACUUUGACUUCACAAGUCUGGACUAUGAGUCAGAAGGGGAUGUUCUUGAAGACGACGACGAUUAUUUAGUGGAUGAGUUUGGCCAGCCGGUGGUCUCAGACGGUGAACUUGGUGGCGACGACUCUUCCGAUACCAUGAGCUCCUCAGCCCCUGCCAGCAAAUCUCCAGCACUGACUAAAAAGAAGCAACAUCCGACGUACAAAGACGACGCUGACCUGGUGAAGUUAAAGCAGGACCUGGAAGUUGUUGGGGAUUUUCGCCACCGUUCUCCGAGCAGGUCCCUGUCCGUCCCCAAUAGGCCUCGGCCACCUCACCCACCACAGAGACCCCCCCCUCCAACUGGCUUGGUGGUGAAGAAGUCAGCCUCCGAUGUUUCCAUCUCCUCCGGCACGCAUGGGCAGUAUUCGAUCUUGCAGACUGCGAAGCUUCUUCCAGGAGCACCUCAGCAACCACCCAAAGCUAGAACUGGAAUAAGUAAACCAUACAACGUCAAGCAGAUCAAGACCACGAAUGCUCAGGAGGCAGAAGCAGCCAUCCGGUGUCUCCUGGAAGCUAGCAGAGGUAUCCCAGAAGCAGCCCCAGGUGCCGUGCCCUUGAGGGACCAAGGGUCUUCUAAGCCAGAGGCUUCCCUGGGGCCCCCAGUCCUGCCCCGCCGGCCUGCUCCUAGGGUUCCUGCCAUCAAGAAACCAACUUUGAGGAGGACAGGAAAGCCCACGUCACCAGAAGAACAGUUCGAACAGCUGCCUGUCCAUUUUCCAGUCGCUUCCCAGGAAAUCAGCCUUGAGAACCCUUCUCCGAGGACAGUCCCUCAAGUCCCGCCUAUUCCCAAACCAAGAACAUUUCAGCCUGGGAGAGGCAUUGAGAGGAAGCCAAGCAGUGGCAAGACAGCACUCGAUGAAGCUCCUCCCAUGACAGGUGCUAUGGAGUUACCGUCUCCAGAGGCCCCGUCUCUGGCUCCCAAGGUGCCCCCGAGGAGGAAGAAGUCUGCGCCGGCAGCCUUCCACCUGCAGGUCCUGCAGAGCAACAGCCAACUUCUCCAGGGCCUCACAAGCCCCAGCAGCUCUCCAUCCCCACCGCAGCCUGACACCUACCCGCUCUAUCCUCAAAUGGGUCUUCUUGGCACGUCACCGGCCGUAAGCCCUGAAACUGACGAGCCCAGGGUGGUGGAGCCCAAGGCUGUCUUCUUCCAUGGCAACAAUCCGGAUCCCUUCUGGAGCCUGCUCCAUCACCCUAAGCUGAUGGGUAAUACCUGGCUGUCCAAGAGCUCUGACCCUUUAGACUUGGGGUCCAGGAACUUGGAGAGGACACACACAGACCCAGCACAGGUCAGUGCCUCAGUGGCUGAGAGGGGACUCCCACAAGACCAUGGGGAAAAAGACUUUAGUCACUGGGUGACUGCCAGUAACAAAGACAAGAGGACAACAUUAGGCGUUUGACCCACGGGCAAGAACACAACCUGUUGACUUUAAAGACUCUCGUUCCAGAUGUUCGCCUUCCCCACGUGGGCAUGGCUUGAUGUGGUCAAAAGGGACAUCCACGUAAAGUGGCACUGAAGCCCUUGGUGCGUCUGUCACUCAUGUGUAGUUGAUAGAAACUGUCUCCCAUUCAGUACAAUUAUUCAGCAGCCACCAAAAUAUUUCGUUCAAGACCUGUGCAUUUUAAGCUUGUUCUCAGGGGACUGGGAAAUGUGCUGUUGCCUUUGGCAUGUGGAUUUUAAAGGAAAGAAAUCUAGCUGCCCAGCUUGUUCUCACCCACUGAUUUUUAAACGGUUGUUCAACUCG